AUGAAAAACAAAGAUAAUUUAUCUCAGUUUGCAAAAAAGUCUGCUUUUGCCAAGACAGAUCAAAUUAUAGAUGGGACUAUUAAUGAAGACGAAGUUAAGAUUGAUUUAAAUUUAGCAGCCUCAAGAUAUUGAUAAUAAAGCUGUAACUUAAAGAAUGUAAAUCGAAUUUACAAAUAUUCAAGAUGAGAAAAAGAAAGAAGAUCUUUCUGAUGAUGAUUCUCCUUCUAAUAAUAUAGAUUUUAUUUCAAUAUAUAGAAAUGAAAUGGUAAAUAUUGAAAAGAGUUUGCCACCAUCACAACCUUCAGAAUAAAUCGAUGAACAUGAUUAAGAGAAUUAGUAUAUGAUAAGUAAAGACACUACUUAUCAAAAAUAAGAAAAUUAAGGUAACUUCAAGUAAUUACCUUAAACUUCGUAAUUCACAAGUGUAGAGCAUACUUAAAGAACAGAGCAAGGUUUAUUGGAAAUUUUUAAAAAUAAAUUUAAUAAAAUUGUUCCAGAACCUCAAACUCCAGAAUCCUCACAAAAACGUUAAGAAUUUCAAACAAAUACUAUUUAUUAGAAUUAUUCAAUAUUGUCCUAAAUUUUUCUGAUUCAUAUAUUUAAUUACAUGAGAGCAGCUUAGAAGCUUAUUAAAUAAUAGAAUAUUAAAUUAAACCUCGAUCAUCUUCCUAAAUAAGAUGAGGAUGAUACAAUAUAGCCGAAUUUUUAAAAGGCUAAGAGACUAUUUAAUUUGAAAGUAAUAGUAUAAAUAAUAUAAUAUAGAUAUCUGAAUAGCUGACAUCAUUUUAAUUAUUUAAAUUGUUUUUUUUUCAAGAUAAUAAAUGGUUAACAUUAAAAAUUGUCAUUUUAGCCAUGAGUGAAACAUAUUCAAGAUUUGUAAUGUCGAUUUUAACAUAAACUCUUAUUGCAUCAGUAAAAGAAGGAGAUAAAUAGUAUGCCUUUAUUUAAGCAAUGAUUUUGGGUGUUUUAUCGUUAAUAGCUUUAAUUAGUAAACAUUAUUAAUUAUAUAUAAUCAAUAAUUUUUCAACUAAAAUGAGGAUGAUUUUAACUAAUUUUGUAUUUGACAGAAUUUUAGAAUUAAAAGCGUAUUAAAUUCAUGAAUUAAAUAUGGGAAAAAUAAUGAAUUUAGUAAGUGGUGAUAUAAAUGCUAUUGAAUUCCAACUGAACUUUGUAUAUGCUUUGGCUAUAAUUCCUGGUUCAAUAAUAUUUGCAUCAGUAAUUUUAUGGGUAAAUAAAAAUAUUAAAUUAGUUAAGAUUUGAUGGUCCAAUAGGUUUAAUUGCAAUUGUGAUAUGCAUAUUAAUUUAUCCAUUAUAAGUUUUUAUUUAAAAACAAGUCUAAAGAGUUUUGACGAGAGCAAAGUAAAAAUAAGAUAAUAGAAUAACUUCUUAAAAUUAAUUAAUUGAGGGAAUAAGGUUGAUAAAAAUGUAUGUUUGGGAGAAAGCUUUUUCAGAUAAGAUAGAAUAACUUAGAAAAGAAGAAGUAAUGUGUUAUUUCAAAAUUCAUUUUUUAAAUUUGAUUGAUAGAUCAUUUAAUUAUAGUGUUCAUAUUUGGGGAUCAUUUGUAUUUUUGUUGAUAAUAUACUUUAAUGAUAUUUAUAUUGAUGUAUCAUCAAUUAUUGGGACGAUAUAAUUAAUGUCAAUGAUAAAAUAUUAUUGUGUAUUUUAGGUUUCAUAUGCAUUUUAAGCGUUUAUGACUUUAAAUGUAAUUUUUUAAAGAGUGGUUUAAAUAAUAACAUCUAAUUCUUCAUUGAGUGAAAAAAAAAGACACAUUUUAACUAGUAUUGAAAAUGGAAGUGUGAUAAGAAAAUCAAAUACGAUAAAUUUAAAAGGAAAAGAAUAGUAAGCAAAUUUAAUAAAGAAAUAGAGUUCAAUGAUAAAAAGAGCGCCAUAUGUAACAAUGAGUGAAGUAGGGUUAAGAUGGAAGGCAAGAUCAUUUCCAGUAUUAUCAGAUUUAAAUAUGGAAGUAUUUCCAGGUUAAUUAAUUGGAUUAAUAGGUAGAGUUGGAUCUGGAAAGACGACACUUUUAUCAGGAAUUUUGGAAGAAUUACCUUAGAUAGAUGGAGAAUUUUCUAUUAAAAAGAAUAUUAAUAUAGCAUUUGUUGAAUAAGAUCCAUUUAUUUACACUGGAACAGUAAGAGAUAAUAUUUUAUUUGGCAAAAAAUUUGAACAUGAAUUGUAUAGAAAAGUAAUGCAAGUUUCUUGUUUAGAUUAAGAUGUCUUAUCUUUUUAAGAUGGUGAUAAAACUUAAAUUGGUGAAAAAGGAGCUAAUUUAUCAGGAGGUCAAAGAGCAAGAUUAAGUUUAGCAAGAGCUUUGUAUUCUUUGGCUGAUUUAUAUUUAUUUGAUGAUCCAUUAUCAGCAGUAGAUGCAAAAGUGGCAAGAAAGAUAUUUACAUAUGGCAUAAAAGAAUUUAUAUUUAAAUUUUAACCACAAUACAAAUAAGAAUAGCACAAUAAAUAUCAUGAAUAAUUUUAACUUUCUAUUCCUGCUGUUAUUUUAUCAACUCAUUAAAUUUAAUUUGCUUUAGAAUGUGAUCAUGUGAUUAUUUUGGAUAAAGGCACAAUCAUAAAUUAAGGUACUUAUAAGUAGGUAAAAGAAAGUUUGGCAUUGUUUAAUUCUACUAUUGUAGAGCCUGUAAAAAAGUAAUUAAUCAGAAAAUAAACAAGAUUGGCAACUCUAUUGAAUAAAUAAUCAGAAAGAAUUGAAAAAAAAGAAAUUAUUCAAUUGUUUUCAAGAGAAGACUAAAAUUAGACAGACGCUGAUUGGAAUACAUAUAAACGCUAUUUUUAAUUUUGGACACCUGUUUUUAUGAUAAUAAUUAUUAUUGGAUAGAAUGUAGCUACUGAAAUUAUUAAUAAUUAUUAUUAUAGAGCUAUGGCUUUGUAUGAUGAAACUAAUAGAUAGGCUAACACCCUAUUAUUUACUAAUGCAGGUCUAUUAGUAUUAGCAGCUUAUUGUAAUAAUAUUAUUAAGUAUUUUUUGAAUAUUGUUGGUGUAUUAACAUCCAACAAUUAAAUCCAUAAUUCAAUGUUAAAUAGACUUAUUAGAGCUCCUAUUAGUUAUUUUGAUACAAAUCCUUCAGGGAGAUUAAUAAAUAGAUUCUCAACUGAUUUGUCUUUGGCUGAUAAUUAAAUAUAAUAGAUAAUAACAGAUAUCUUUGAAUAAGGCUCAUAAUUUUUAGUAUCUUUAGUCACAAUAGCAAUUCUGUAACCUUUUUUUGCAUUUCCUUUGGUAUUUACAAUUAUGAUGACAAUUAUAAUUUUUAUAAUUACAAGAUAAGUUGUGUCAUAAUUAAAAGUUUGUGAUCUUAUUUAAAGAUCUCCUUUAUUUGAUUAAUUUAAAGUUUGUUUAUAUGGGAUUACAUAAAUAAGAAUUAAUUGUAAUUAAGAGUGGAUUCGUGAGUAAUUUUUUACUCUUUGUAAUCAAUCAAUGUAAGCAAAUUUAAUAUUUUCAUAUUCAUAAAGAUGUUUUGGUUUUUACAUAGAUAUUUUUGGUUAAUUUACUAAUAUUACAGGAAUAUUUUUAAUAAUAGCAAUGAUUGAAGAUCCAACAUUAUUUUCAUAAGCUCUUUUACUUUUAUCUACAUUUAAUACUUAAGCAGGAACAUUAAGAUAGUUUAUGGCUUUUGAUUCAAUAAUGAAUAGUGUAAAUAGAAUGUUUGAAAUUUGUGAUAUAGAGAUAGAAGCAUAACUUAAUAAGCCAAUUGAUAAUGAAUUAACAGUAAUAGGAUGGCCAGAAAAUGGAAAAAUAGAAUUUGAAAAUGUAGAAAUGCAAUAUAGAAUUAAUAUGCCAUUAAUAUUGAAAGGAAUGAGUUUUAUAAUUGAAGGAACAGAGAAAGUAGGAGUAGUAGGUAGAACUGGUGCUGGAAAAUCUUCAAUAAUUUAAACUUUGUUAAGAAUUACAGAAAUAUCUCCAAAUGGGUAUUAAUAUAUAUUAUAUAUUUAAUUUAGAAGUAUAUUCAUAGACAAUCAAGAUAUUAGAGAGAUAGGUUUAGCUAAACUUAGAUAAGAAGUAGCCAUUAUACCAUAAGUUCCAUUUUUAUUUAGAGCAACAAUAAGGUAGAAUUUAGAUCCUUUAAAUAUAUUUGAUGAUUCUAAAAUUUGGAAGGUUCUCAAAGAAACUGGAUUAGUAGAUUAUGUGUUAUAACUUCCAAAAUAAUUAUAAUCAGAAGUUCAACCUGAAUUAUUUUCAAUUGGAUAAAAAUAACUAAUCUGUCUAUCCAGGGUCUUAUUGAAUAAAAAGAAGAUUCUUAUACUUGAUGAAGCUACUGCUAAUGUAGAUAUGGCUACAGAUGCUUUCAUUUAGAAUACUAUCAAGGAUAAGUUUAGUGAUUGUACAAUUAUUACAAUUGCUCAUAGACUUAAUACUAUUGCAGAUUAUGAUAAGAUAUUAGUAUUAGAAGAGGGAAAAGUCUUAGAAUGUGGACAUCCAUAUGAGUUAUUAGUUACUAAUACAAAAACAUCAAUUGGAAUCGAUAAAGAAUCUGUUUUUGCAAUGAUGGCAAUUUAAACAGGAGUAAAAAAUGGUUAGGCUAUUUAUGAUUUAGCAAAAAAGGCUUAUUUAAAGAAAAUAUUAAAAAACUAAUAUAAAAGAGCUGAAACAAUGUUAUAGUCACCAAAUCGAUUAAAGUAAGAUUCUUUUACAUAAUCGAUUUUUGAAUCAGAUUCUUAAUAAUAACCAAUAAAUCCAAAAAAUAUUGAGCAAUGA